AUGGAGACACUCCAGACCAAGGGGGUCGAAGCGAUUGCCAGUGUAAGCUCGCUUUUACGCGAUGCUAUGGCCGCCUCGCUCCCCGUCGCCCCUGAGCAGUACCUUACUAUCGCCAUACCUGGUACGGUCAUAGAUCUGGCCGAUUUUGAAGAAGGCGGAUCAUUCGUUUACGAUGUUGCGAAGCACGCCAUGCCUCCUACUACUGUUCGCCAGAGCGAGGGUCAUUUGGUCGAUGGAAUGAUACCACUCUCAACGAUUAUGGUAGGUAAAGACGGUGGUUUCGUCAUUUUUACUAAGUGUAUAUCGAUUGGGAACACUGGAAAGAGUGUAGCUCGCAGCUAUUCACGAUCCCUUGAUGGUCUGGUUCCAGCGAAAGCAGAUAUCGGUAGUAGCACUGGUACCGCAGUUCCGCUGCCGGGAAAACAGAAACAGUGGUCGACGUUCACUGCAAAAAGCAAAAGGUAUGGGGGGAGGCUCGGUCUGCUUGGGACAAAAGCAGGUCUGAUGCUGAACAUGAAGCAGAGAAAAAGUUCCCCCCAGGAUCUAGCCCUGAUUUUAUCGGGAGGCAAAAGCAAUUCAUCAACGACUGGAACCUACAAGCGACUUAAGCUCGAGCAAGACACUCUCGACGAAGCAAAUGGCUGGAUUAUGUCGAAGGAGACUACUAUCAGCGAUGAAUUGAAGAAGCUCACUGAACUUAGCAAAAUCAAACUAGCCUCUAGCCCGACUAAUGUGCCUGUUAUCACAGGAGCAACUGCUCCUAGAAAUGAGGCAGACAAGAACACUCCUCACGGACUACUUCUUGCGACUGAAGGAGCUGAAAAGGCAAGUCCGAUAUUCGCAACUCCACCAGCCGCUUCUUUCCCCGCCACUAUUUCUGUCCCCAGCAAUCCAUCGCUCACUAAUGCUGAGGAAGCUGAUCCCUGGACUACGAUCUCGUUUUCAUACUCAGCAUCCGAUGUAAAGCAAAGUGCCGAGCAACAUAGCUGGGGCAAGGGUGUCGGCGGUGCCGUGGGCUUUGGUCUUUGGUCUGUCGGUGGCUCAUAUUCCCACGAUGAGACGCACGAGUCGAUGCAGAGCGAUAUGGCAGCUUGUGAUGUCAGUGUAUCUUUUUCCGCUCUUGUCGUCAACAUCAAUCGUCCAUGGCUAUAUGGCGAAUUGUUUUCCGACAUUGGUUUGGAGCUUGCCGAUGGAGUCAAAUCAAGCCCAGGUCCGCUUGCUUUACAAAAGAUGAUCGACGGGCAGGCUACCGGCGAUCUUGCAAUGUACAGUCAGUUUCCAGCCUAUCCAACGAGCUUCAUUGUCGCUGCAGACACGACAAUUGAGUUUACUGGCUCGACAAAGCACAUCGAGCAGCAAUUCGAUUCGCACAGUAAUUCUGGCGGCGUCUCCGUCGGAUAUGGUCCAUGGUCUGUCUCGAGCAGCUUCCACGAAGCCGCAUCUUCGCAGAGGAUGCAGGUGCACUCUACUGCCACAGGCUGCAAGCUGUGCUUUGGUGCUCCCCAAGUUGUUGGCUGGGUUAGCCAGAUUCUGCCAAGUCUACCACGUCCUAGCGGCUACAAUCCUAUGACUCAAGGUGUUGGAUUACCUCUACCAGCCUAG